AUGCUUUACCCCGGCACCCAGCUCAAGAGUCUAAUUCUGGGGUUCAGGAAUAGGGGAAGAGGGAGUCUUAGGGUCCUAAUCGCUCGUAACGAUCCUUGCGGAUCCCUUCUGUCGUCUCGGUCUACUUGCCUCGUCGGCGACUGGGCAAGAAGAUUCUAUUCUAAAUGGCAAGAUUGCCUCUAUCAAUUCUACGGAAAUCCCGUUUUCUUAACUAAUCGAAUUACGACGAAUAAGACCGAAUCACGUGCUAUCAAUAAAAAAGACGACUUAUCUGAGAUUGACCGCUAUUCCCACAUUGAUUUUUGCGAUUAUCCUCUUAUCCGGUGUUCCCACGGGGCGGUAACUCUAAGGGAAAACCCGGAAUUCUUUAAUAAUGGUAAGCCUAAGAGUAAUUGA